CCAGUCACGCAGUACAUCAUUUCAGCACAUACUGUAAUACACUUCAUCCAGCUGCCUAAUAAAAUACGGAACGUUUCCUGAACGCAAGCAGCAUUACCUGGCAUUAAAACAACACUGAUUCAACCAGGAACUUUAAUUGAAAGCGAUGGCAUCGCGUCAUUACAAACUGGUUUAUUGGGACGCCCGCGGGCGCGCCGAGAGUAUCCGCUGGUUAUUCGCGUAUGCCGGGCAGGACUGGGAGGAUGUACGCCUGCCGGCCGGGCAGUUGGGACGGGCGUGUGCGCAGGCGCCGCUGGGCGGGGUCCCGUAUCUGGAGGUGGACCGGCGACCGUUGGGCGAUGUGGCCGCGAUCUGUCGCCACCUGGCCCACCAAUUCGGACUGGGACUUACCGGGAAAGACGCCUGGCAAGCGGCGCAGAUGGACUCGGUCGUAGAAUUUAUACACGAAACCGCCCGGCCGCUGUACGCAUGGAUCGAUCGGCGCAUCCUGGGAAAGCCGGCGCAAGGUGACCCGGCACCGGAAGUGCUGAUUAGCAAUGUUGCGGCACCCGUGCGCCAGCUGGAGGGCAUCCUGCUGAAGAAUUCUGGCGGCGACAGAUUCCUGAUGGGCCGGGAGCCCAGCUGGACGGACUUUGUGCUGGGCAGUUUCCUGGAGAACCUCCAGACGGUCGACACGGAUUUCCUGGAGAUGCGCCCGGUGCUGGAGGCCUACUUUGCCCGGGUCUGCGGGCUGAAGGGCGUGGCACACUGGCUGGAGCGCCGUCCACCAACGGCCUAUUAAUUUACACAAAGUGGCGAAUUUUUGUAAUAAUUAUUAGCGUGACCUUUGCGCGGAAAAUGGGACCUUCACUGCA